UUGCAGACACAACGUUCGGUCGAGAUCUUGUUAUUGUUCCAACUGUCAAGUGAUUUUAGCUAGAUUCAAAGGAAAAAUAAUCCUGAAAAGUAUCUUAAAUUGUUUAAGAAAUUCUGUUUAGUGUUUUAAAGUAAAUUUCGUCCCCGGAAAGGCAUUAAGAAGUUUGAAAAAUCGUUUGAAACUUCAUCCCCGUGAAACCAAGCGCUUAAGAAUUGUCAGUCGCUGGACCAAUUUAACACAUACUGACAUCUCUGCGAGUGUAUUUGUGGUUUGUUUAUAUCUUCUCAUCUCGUUGAGCACAACCGGUGUUUGCUUGAAUUCGGCACAAAAGCUGUUUUGUGAAUUCUCUGUGAUAAUUAAAAAUCUUCAAUCUGAAUAUCAACAAGAAUUUGAUAAGGGCAAGAAGUGCUACCAAAUUUUAUGAACCUAAGAUGGGAACACGUGUACCACCAACACCACUUUGUGAUAAAGCAAUGGCUGGUUUGCCGCAGCUUCUUGAUGAUCUUCUUCGGCUAUCGGAAGAUCAAGAGAGCGCCGAUGUGGUCUUCCUGCUGGGACGUGAAGAAGAACGAGUUUAUGCUCAUCGGAUUUUAUUGAUGGCAAGAUGUAAAAGUUUCAAAACCGCCAAACGUGGAGAAAUUUGCCGUAUUCCUGGAAGUUCAGUGUCACCGGCGGCGCCAGGAGCACCGACCCCUAUACGACUUCCACAUGUUAAUUCUGAUGUUUUUCGACAGUUUCUAGUAUAUGUGUACACAGGGAAGAUAAUGCUUCAAGACUCAAGAGUUUUCGAGAUGAUGACGCUUGCACAGGACAUGGGAGUCGAAGAGCUGCGCGCCGCCUGUGAGGACCACGUGAUAUCCACUCUGUCGCCAGUCAAUGCAUGCACCUUCCUAACCGCUGUAAUGGAAAUUCAAGAGAAAGCUUCGGGUGCUAAAUGUGCUGCCUCAUUUAUGGAACGAUGCAUAAUCUUCAUCGGUGAAAAUGCCUCUGAGUGUGUGAAAACAAAUUCAUUUCUAAAUCUAACUAAGGAAGGUUUAAUCAAACUAAUAUCUUCAGAUUAUUUCUGCUUGGAAGAGGAGGAUGUUUGGCGUUGUGUUCUAGCUUGGGCUAAACAUCAAGCUGGUGUCACCCAACCAACAGCCCAUUGGACUGAAGAAGAACGAGCACGAGUAUGCCAACAUUUAUCUGGAGUAAUGGGGCACGUCCGUCUUCUCCUUAUUGACAGUCAAGUAUUUGCUGAAGAAGUCGAACCAACUGGUGCUGUGCCAAUGGAGCUUUCUCUGGAACGGUAUCGAUAUGCAGCUCUACAUUCAAACAAAAUGAUUCCAAGUCCACCGACUGUACCAUUGCCCGGGGGACCUUUAUCAGAAAACGACAAGAGACUGCAGCCGAGAUUGAUGUCCAAUAUGUUCCCUGGAUCGGUUAUUUUGAAAAAUGAUAAGCUUCAUUUACAAGGGAUAUUGAAUGGAUGGUAUGGAGUACCGAAACAGACCUGGAGGCUGGUAUUCCGAGCGUCGACUCAUGGAUUUAAUGCCACAGCAUUUCACAGACAUUGUGAUGGGAUUGCUCCUUGCUUUGUUAUCGGAAUUGGAACUCGUGGAGAAAUAAGCGGAGGCUUUUCAGAUGUUGCAUGGGCUAAGACAAAUCGUAAAGGAGGCUACAUCCCCUCCGAUCGUGCAUUUCUCUUUGCACUUAAUUCAAAUACCGAACCACCAUGCAAAUUCGACAUAGUCAAAAAACCGUAUGCAAUCUGUUAUCAUCCAGAAUGUGGUCCUAUAUUCGGAGCUGGUGCUGAUCUUCUAAUAUCAAAUGGAUGCAACUCCAAUACGGACUCGUAUUCCAACUUGCCGCACUCUUAUGAUGGACCUAAUGCUGGGUACAUGAGUUUAUUUGGGGAUUACAACUUUAUGAUUGUAGACUAUGAAGUUUAUACGUUAGCAUCGCCAACUAACUCAAAUAACACAAAAAUGAAGUAUGAGCGCUAUCAAUAACAGUUAUUGGCUGACUUCAUCCUUCGUCAAGUUAUUACUCAUAUUGUUCUUAAAGUUAGAAUGUAGUGAUUGCAUGUCUUCGAACAGUAUUCAAUUUUAUGUCAUUAAUUUACUCUUGCCAAUAUUGUCAUCUUGUUUUAAUAAUACGUUUCUAGGUUUUUAGCAUAAUUGUUAAGUAAAAUAUAAAAAGAUACACAGCUACGAUAAUA